AUGUCGUCUACCACCCUCACUGAACGUGAGGAGCCCGCGGCCUUCGCCCAUCACAGCAUCCCGCGCCGGACAUCGCGACUUCCGCGCAAGCUUCGGUUUCCGAUAUUGCUGGCGCUCAACUUCUGCAUCAACAGCUCGCUGUGGUCCGUGGCGGAGAAGUUCCUGCCGGCGGAGCUGGGUGCGGUCUCCAAGAAUGAGGAUGACAUCUAUCAUGUGUUGGCCCGUCUGGCGUAUAGGAUUGGCUUCCUCUAUUUCACGUGGAGGGCCAACUAUGAUUGGGUUGAUGUCAGCGCCCUCACCACCUUGACGACUGUUCCAUACGCCUACGUGCUCGCGACAUACUACGCCGUCUCCAAACAAACCGUCGCCGUCCUCACGACCAUUGAGGUCCUCUCCAUCGCAUUCCCAACCCUCCUCCUGCGCCCGCUUUCCCCAUACCACAAGCCGAAUGCACCCGUCCAGACCCGCUUCCUCAUCGAGAGCUUCCAAGUCCAGGUCUCCACCGCCCUUCUAGCAAUCGGCGUCUACGUGGUCGUUCUCUGGGUCGCCAUCAGAUCCUCCCUCCUCAACACCUUCCUCGUCUCGCACUUCGACAUCCCCACUCUCGAGGAAUCGCACACUGAAACCCCGCUCUCUCUCGCCGUCAAACUCGCUCCCGCCGGCCUCGCAGCCCGCUCCUUCCUGCUCAACCCUUCUUUCGGCGCUCAAUCCGGUGCUCGCACACCCACCCGGGCCUUUGAUCCGGCCACGGCGACGCUGUCGGAAACGCUGCGGUAUAAUUUCUGGUUCUUCACCAAGCGCACGCGGACGCUGAUUAAGCAAACGGCCGUCAUAUCGGCGUUCAUGCUCGUGAAUACGGCACUGAGGACGUUGACAUUGCAGGGGUCGGAUGCUGUCGGUGCCACGGGUUAUGCGGCUGGUUGGGUUUUGGCGACCGUGGUUACGGCGGCGUGGUGGCUGUGGGUGGGGGAUACCGAAGAUUAG